AUUAAAUAUUAAUCAUCUUCAAUCAAUAGCACAAAUUCAUUCAUUUUAUAUAACAAAUAUGAAAUCUGAAUUAAAAUUUUCUAAAGAAAAUUUUAAUGAAGAAGAACUAAAAACCACAAUUAAUGAAAUAUCAGAAGCUUUAAUUGAUAAUAGUAAUCUUUUUGAUAAAGAAGAAAAUGAAAAUAUAGAUAAAGAUGAAGAUGAAAAUGAUAGUUUUGAUUUAGAUAAUAAUGAAAGUGAAACAAAUCUUAAUGAUUUGCUUAUAGCAGAAUUUAUGGAUUUAAAUUUUUAUGAUAAUAAUGAAGUUGAAAAUAACCUACUUUUAAAUAAUCAACAAUAA